AUGGCGCCCAGCUAUGCACCAGGACUUAGUAAAAUCAAGGGAAGAAGUCGUAUGAUGAAUAUGGAGAAAGUUAAAGGAUUAGGGAAUGUUUAUUUAGCAGAAGGACGAGGAUCAUUAAAAAACUUACAACAUGUUCCGUGUAAGUUCCAUAAGCAGGGGGUUUGUACGGCAGGAAAAAAUUGUCCGUUUUCUCAUGAUUUGGAUAUGGAUUUGGUACGUACACCAUGCAAAUAUUUUCAGAAAGGAAAUUGUAAAUUUGGGGCGAAAUGUGCACUGGCACAUGUUUAUAUUGAAGAUGAGAAGUGUAUAGAUGUUCAGACGCAUGGAUUUCCGUAUGGAUUGAAUUAUGGGAUUAUGAAUGAAAUGAAAUCGGGUACGUCAGGGGGGCAUAAUGGUAAUAUACAGGAGACGUUUCAAAAUACAUCUACUCCGCUUAGAGAAUAUAAUUUUUCAAUGGAUUGUGAAUUUUCGAUUCCAAAUACGAUAUUUUUAAAGGAAAACCAUGCGCCAGUUUCAUAUCCAUUAACGCUAGAGAAUAAUUCAGAUAUGAUUUCUCCCUCAUUGAAACUAGCUAAAAGUGCAUCUUUACGUGAAAUACAGUUGUCAUCGAAUUUUGAUCAUAACAAAGCUUAUUUUCCAUCGUACGAACCAUCUACUAACAAUGUUUCUACAAAAUUUGAUUGUCCGGAUGUAUCGUCAUUAUCACUUUCUGGACAAAGUACAAUCUAUUCACCUUUACAAGAGAGAAAUACCACUUUUUCGCCUCUUUUAAAUAAUUCAAAGUCUAUUUUUUCUGAUGAUUCCUUUUCAUUAAAAUCUGAAAGAUCAUUAAAAGCUGAAAAUUAUUCAACACAGUCUAUCUUUUCGAAAAAAUAUCCAGAAAAUAAUAAUCUUCAUGAUACAUCAUUUAACUUUUCGAUUAAAGAUAAUUGGUCAGAUACCUGGAAAAAUUCAAAAACUCUUCAAAGUAAUGAUAAAACAUCACCUAAAUCUUCACUUAAUGAUAAACUACGUCUGUCUGUUCCACAAAAAUCAUAUACCUUUAAUGAAUCUCAAUUUCAAAAAACUAAUGAACAUGAAGCAAUUUCUAAUAUUAAUUUUCUCUCAAAUCCUUCUAGCUUUGGAACUUCACCUUCUUCCAGGUUUUGUACAUUUUUUUCUAAAUAUAACGAUUACUCCGAUAAUAUGACUUUGAAAUGUUCUUCUGGACCGGCAUUAUAUCAUGAUCAUAUCCAACCUUACUAUAACGACUUUAAUUAUUCUCAAACAAAUGAGCUUCAGAUACCAAACUUACUGCUAAAUUCGGCUGAAAAUAAUGUUUUUCAUUCCAGAGAUAUUUCUUUAAUACCACAACAAAAAUCACUAGAAAACUUUAAUAAAAACUCUUCUUUACUCAAUGCUAACGAUAUUAUUAAACGAUCUAUUGCUACAAUUGAUGAUGAAAUACAAUUUAACAUGGACGAAGAGAUUUCUGAAAAUAUUUCUUAA